CGACAGCUGAGAUGCAACGCGCUGAGUACGCAACUUUCGUAUUCUCGUUCUAAACAAAGACACUCUUUUUCCCUGGCCCUUCAGCUUCUCCUUUCAACUCCCAAACACACAUUCGGAAUCUCUACACAUGGAUGCCAUCAAGGAUACCGUCAACAAGCUGGCCUCUUCCCUUCAUAUUGGCGGUGGCCAGCAACAGCCCGCCUCUCAGCCACCUACCGAGCAGGAGUUUAAAGAGUUGAAGGAAAAGUACGAGAAGGCCGGUCAGGGGCAAGUCUUCUCUUUCUGGGAGGAGCUGAACACGCAAGAGCAAGGCGAACUAUACCAGCAAGCAAAGAGCAUCGAUCCAGAAAACAUCAACAACAUCACCAAGAAGACGCUGCACCCAGCAAAGACGGAAGGGGAAGACAAGAAGCCUGAGCUGGAACCUCUGCCAGAGUCUGCCACUACAUCUACGAUCGACAGUGACGAGAAUGACCUGAAAAAGUGGUAUGACUCGGGCCUGAAGCUCAUCUCAGAGGGAAAGGUCGGUGUAGUGCUCAUGGCUGGCGGGCAAGGCACACGUUUGGGCAGCUCAGCACCAAAGGGCUGCUAUGACAUUGAGCUUCCAAGUCAUAAGUCUCUCUUCCAACUACAAGCGGAGCGUAUUUGGAAGCUCCAGCAUUUGGCUAGUAAAAUUCACAACAAGGAAGAAGUGACGAUCCCGUGGUACAUCAUGACCUCUGGCCCAACGAGGAAGCCGACACAGGAGUUUUUCGAGGAGAAGAAGUACUUUGGGCUCAAUCGCAACAACGUGCUCUUCUUCGAGCAAGGUAUCCUGCCGUGCAUUACUAUGGAGGGACAGAUUCUGUUGGAGAGCAAGAGCAAGAUUGCUGUAGCGCCAGAUGGGAAUGGAGGACUGUACAAUGGCUUGAUCAACGCUGGAAUCGUUCAUGAUAUGGAAAAGCGUGGCGUCAAGCACAUUCACGCUUACUGCGUCGACAACUGCCUGGUUCGCGUUGCUGAUCCGACUUUCAUUGGCUUCAGCGCUGAGAAGAAUGUUUCCAUCGCGACCAAGGUUGUGAGAAAGCGCAACGCCAAGGAGAGCGUCGGCCUGAUCUUGCAAAAGAACGGCAAGCCAGAUGUCGUGGAGUAUUCUGAGAUUGAUGCAGAGACCGCCGAGGCCAAAGACCCGAAGGACAACAAUCUGCUCAAGUUCCGUGCCGCAAAUAUCGUCAACCACUACUACAGCUUCGAGUUCCUCGAUUCGAUACCGCAAUGGGCUCACAAACUACCUCAUCACAUUGCAAAGAAGAAGAUCCCAACUGUCGACGAGAAGGGCAAUCCAGUCAAGCCCGAGAAGCCGAAUGGUAUCAAGAUGGAGCAGUUUGUGUUCGAUUGCUUCCCAUUCCUGGAAAUGGACAAGUUCGCCAGCAUGGAAGUAAAGCGCGAGGACGAGUUCUCUCCCCUCAAGAACGCGAAGGGUACUGGCGAGGAUGAUCCAGAGACCUCCCGCAAGGAUAUUCUCCUACAAGGCAAGCGCUUCUUGGAGGAAGCUGGCGCGGUCGUUGUUAGUGAGAAGCAGGACGAGGGCGUGGAGGUGUCGCCUCUCAUCAGCUAUUCUGGCGAGGGACUGGAGUACCUCAAGGGUAGAGAGAUCAAGGCGCCGGCCGUCAUCGAGAAAGAGGCGUAGAUGUCGACAGAACUACUGCAGCAGAUAUCGCUAGCUUCAAGAAACGCGGUUUUGAAAAGAUGCACGACAGAUGUGAAAUAGAUUUACGAAUGUAUGAUGAAACGCGACUCUGUUCGCCGAACA